AUGGAAAAUCAGAAGCCAUACGCAAGUAAGCCAAAAAAACUCCUUAUCUUAAUAUUCUUUUCCUACACUAAAAACAACAAAAAACAACCAAAAAGAAUAGCCCAAAAAAAAAAAAAAAUUUUAAACAAAAAAAGAAAAGAAGAAACUGAAAUAAUGUUGUCCAAAGAAUCGGGAAUACCGAACGACUUCGGUCUUCCCGAGGAAGUGUUGGAAGUUCUGCCGCCGGAUCCAUUCGAACAGCUCGACGUCGCCCGGAAGAUCACCUCCAUUGCCCUCUCGACACGUAUCGCCUCCCUCGAAUCGGAGGCGUCCGUUCUCCGCCACAACCUCGCCGAGAAGGAUGACGUCAUCGCCGACCUCCAGUCUCAGCUCGAGUCGCUCGACGCCGCCCUUUCCGAUGCCUCCGACAAACUCUCCCGUGCUGACCAGGAGAAAGAGGACUUGAAGAAAGAGAAUGAGACGCUGGCUAACGCAGUAAAGAAGCUGAACCGCGAUGUUGCAAAGUUGGAAGCCUUCAGAAAGACACUCAUGAGAUCACUCCAAGAUGAUGAAGAUCAUUCAGCUGGGAGUAAUCAAAUGGCUGUUUCAGCAAAGAGCAUUACAGAAGAAGAUGCAUCCCUGACACCUAGUAGAACUCCUUCAAUGCGGAGUCAAUAUGACAUCGGAAGCUCAUAUUCUGAGGAUACUGAUUCUGAAGCACCUAGGCCUCGCAUAUCACCUGGACUGUUGCUAGCAUCCCAAACCAGCACCCCUAAGCUCAGUCCUCCUAUUUCGCCUCCCAGUCAAUCGGCAUCUGUGUCUCCAACAAGGACUCCCAAACCACUGUCUCCAAGGAGACAUUCCAUUUCAAUUUCAAGUACAAGGGGCUUGUUUGAAGACCGGGCUUCAUUUUCUUUGCCUUCAUCGACACACAGUUCAAUGUCAGGCUUGGAAACAGGUUCACAAUCUGGGAGAACUCGGGUUGAUGGGAAAGAAUUCUUUCGUCAAGUCAGGAGCCGAUUGUCGUAUGAGCAGUUUGGCGCCUUUCUUGCAAAUGUUAAGGAUUUGAACUCUCACAAACAAACAAAAGAGGAAACUCUGCGGAAGGCCAGUGAGAUUUUCGGUCCGGAAAACAAAGAUCUUUAUGCUGUUUUUGAGGGACUAAUCACGCGUAAUGUUCAGUGA